GUGAAUUCGUGUGAUUUUAUGCGAAACAUAAGAACAGCAUCGACAUGGCUGUCCGGUUUCGGGUUCUUAAUAACCGACCGCAUGAUCGGUCGAUUGACUGAUUCAAAAAUCUCAUGCUUCUUGACAUCCCUCUUCAGGCGAUCUAUAUAACCUCCUCCUCCUAAGCAUCCGGCAUCGUUUAUCCCCUCUCUUCUCUCUCCCACUCAUCUACAACAACGAUAGCAAUGGCGGUCAUCACUACGCCCAUUACGGAGCUCUUCGGAAUUAAGCAUCCUGUACUUCUUGCUGGUAUGAAUGUCGCGGCGGGUCCAGAGCUAGCUGCUGCUGUAUCCAAUGCCGGUGGUCUGGGAGUCAUCGGUGGCUUUGGAUAUACCCCAAAAAUUUUGCGUCAGCAGAUCAAAGCAAUCAAGGACGACCUCAAGGAUCCUAGUCUGCCUUUCGGUGUCGAUCUCCUACUCCCACAGGUCGGCGGAAGUGCGCGCAAGACAAAUUACGAUUACACCAAAGGAAAGCUUGAUGAACUUAUCGAUGUAAUUAUUGAAGAGAAGACGUCUCUCUUUGUCUGCGCUGUUGGAGUACCCCCCAAGGAAGUUGUCGAGCGCCUGCACAAGGCCAAGAUACCCGUUAUGAAUAUGGUCGGCCAUCCAAAACACGUCGCUAAAGCCUUGGAGGUCGGUGUGGACAUCAUUUGCGCUCAGGCUGGCGAGGGCGGCGGGCACACUGGGGACACGCCCGCCAGUAUUCUGAUCCCGGCGUGCGUGGAUGCUGUCAAGGGACACAAGGCGCCGCUAAAUGGGCAACCAGUGUAUGUCAUCGGGGCAGGCGCGGUCUAUGACGGUAGGUCCUUGGCUGCUAAUCUCGCCUGGGGCGCCCAAGCAGUUUGGGUUGGAACGCGUUUUGUGGCAUCUGUCGAGGCUGGAGCACCCAAAAUUCACAAGGACCUUAUCGUAAAAGCUGGGUACGACGAUGCUAUCACCACCCUUAUCUUCACUGGUCGGCCGCUACGCGUUCUUAAGACGCCUUAUGUAGCAGAUUGGGAGACAAAUCGCCAGGCUGAAAUCAAGGAGUUGACUUCAAAGGGGGUCAUCCCAGCCAACUGGGAUAUUGAACAACAUCCGGAGAAAUCUAUGGAAGGUCGUCCUUGGUUAAUGGGUAAAGUUUCAGGGCUCAUCAAGGACAUCUUGCCUGCGAAGGAUAUUUUGGAGAAUAUGGUGAAUGAAGCAGCUGAAAUUUUACAACAUAAUUCAUCUCUCGUCAAAUCAGCCAAGGCAAAAUUGUAGCCGUUAUAUUCUGGUGGAUCUAUUUAUUCGCAUG